CGAUCUUCUUGGCAAUCGUAUCUGGACUGGUGAUGCUGAAUGAAAGGCAGCUUUCUCAGCACCUUUCCUUUUCGCUCGAUCAUGCGAGUUUACUUUCUGAUUGGUGUCAUUGCUCUCGCUACUGCAUUGGAGGAUGCUGUUUCACAACGCCAGAUUAAUGGAGAUCAUCUUGACCAGGAAGAAGGUGUAAUCGAUAAAAUAUUUAACAUUCCAAUUACGGCGGUUAAACAAACUGCAAUAGCGGCGCAAUCGUUCACACCGGAAAAUAAAGAAACGAUCGACAACAUUUUUCAGAUUCCAAUUUCAACGUUGGAGGCCGUUGGAAAACUCGUAAAAACAACUUCGUCACAGAGAUUAGAAAACGCUGAUGAAAUUCAAAAGAGACGUCAGGAGAGACGCGAUAGGAUACAGGCUCAACGAGAGGAACAAAGAUUAAGAAGAGAACAAAUACAAAAUGAACGAUUGCAAAAGAAAGCAUCGAGAUAUCCGAGACAUCAUCAAAAUGAUCCUUUUGGAUUAAAUUCAUUGACGAAGCUUUUUAUUGGCCAUCAUGGUGUCAUUUACAGACCUCAACAGAUACAUACCUUUCUUGGAAAUUAUCACUGUUGUCUGAGUGAUGGUCAUGGCGGUAAUCAUGGAACUCAUGGAAGCCAUGGAGGUGUACAUGAAAUUCUUGGUGGUGGCGGACAUGGUUCUAACAUAUAUCAGGUACACGAGAAUAUCGACGAAGGUAAUGGAUCGAUCGGAACUUUUUUCGGGCAUUUUUCAUUGAAUCCAUCGAAAGAUAAAAUUCAGAAUAAGAUAGCGCCGUCGAUCAAUGACGAACAAAAUGAUCCAAUAUUUGACAAUAUUUCGACAAGGAGAAAGGACAGAUCUAGAUAUCGAUACGACGAGCAACCACCGUUAGAGAAUAAAAUAGCUCCACGAAAUACCAAGAUUACGUUUGUUUGAAUCUACUUUAAUUUAAUUUUUUCUAGAAUUUUGUUUACAAUUUUAUAUAUAUAUAUAUAUAUAUGUAUAUUUUUUUUUAUUAUUAACAUUAACUAUUACAACGAACGAUUUUUAAGAUUAUAAAUUGCGUCAAAUGUAAUUAGUCAUUUUAUAAAUUCUCAUUUUACAGAUUAUUGAUCAAUCGUUUAGUUUAUUGAAAUAUCUCGUUCUAUUGAAUUUCAUUAUCAUAGGAAGUACGUCACAAGAAUUAUCCGACCAAUGAAAACCGGUUAGAAUAUAAUGUGCAUAUAAAAAUAAUAAUAAAGUGCAUAUAAAAAUGCACUUAUUCGUUUACGUUUAAUGGACAUGUGAGAGUGAAUAAUUUGUUUUUUUAUUUCUCUUUUCUUUUCCUUUUUUUCCUUUUUUUUUUUUUUGUUUUUUUCUUCGUAUAAAUUUAA